UCUGUUUACGUAUCAAAAUAUGGUUUGUUUAAGUAUUCAUUCUUCGAGCGCAUUUGGUAUUGGACGGUGUGAAUGUGUAGUAAUUGAAAAUAAGCAUAACUGUGUAUUGAUUGACGAAUAUUACGUAUAGUAGAUUUUUGAUUUUUACAUGCGACACAUCAGAAGCGAUCUACAUGUACGUACUAUUCCCGGAUUACCUAUUCUAGUAAUACUACCAUGUAUUAAUUGGAAUUCAUGCAUCUAAAACUGAUUCUCAUCGUAACUACAAUCCUUAAUAUUUGUAUACAAACGUUGUUUACCAGUCUGGAAAAGUUAAGAUUUCAACUAUGCCGAAUUUAAAUGGAGAAACUUUUGUCAAACGACAACCCCCAAGUGAUCUUUCCAUGGAUGAAGAGUUAUUCUUCUUACCUACCACCUUAGAAGUUUUCCGUGACUACGAUGACUAUUUUGAACGUACUAUUCUGGUAAAUAGUAUGAUAUGGACAUGUUCAGUGUGUAAUCGUGGGCCUUCAACUUAUAAAGAGGCAGUAGCCUGUGAACGUGCUGACUAUCGACAAUUAAGUGCUUUUGAUAAUGCUCUAGCUUCUGGACUAUUGUGUAUAAUUGCAGGAGCACGAAGACAUAGACUGCCAGAACUUGUUGAAUUAUUAUGCGGAUUUGCAGGCAGUCGAUAUUUUGUCGGUGAAGAAAUUGAAUUUCACGUUGCAGAUUCAAAUUUCCGUUCCUAUGGUAUUAUCGAGCGUGUGGUCUUAUCGCAGAAAAAAAGUCAAUUCGAACAUAGUGGAGUCCUGACAGAUUCAGAUACUCAGAAGCGUGCUAUUCCUGAUGCAUCAAAACUGCAUUACUGUGUAAGAGAAUAUAAAAAAGCAGAUGGUGUAAAUCAUAUUGCAUCGAGUGUUUUAGUCCCUGGAUCUAUUAUUCACCGUCGGAAUCGUAAUGCGCUGGCCAGGGAUCAGAUUAAAUUUUUUAUUCGACAUACAUGUGAAUUAAAACAUGGAGUUUUUACGCCUAAGACUUCAAUUAUGAAACGUUAUAAAUUACAUCCAUAUGGACCUGUGACAUGGACUAAACUGUUUCUACCACCAGAGCCUCGUUGGUCUGAGUUAGUUCCUACACUUCCAUCCACUGUGAAUCGAAAUAUAAUCAAUCAUCCAAAAGAAUCUAAUCGUCCUGUAUGUCAAGGAUUCAAAGUGAUCGACACAUUUAUGGAAGAUAAGUCUGGUGUACGUAGUCAAACAAAGAUACCAGGGAAUAUUUCAGCCUCUGUUACACUGAAUCAUAAUAUAAUUUCAUCAUCAGUAGGAACAACUGCAACUCGUGUACAAUAUUAUGAACCGCAUACACUUCAAUCACAAAAAGUUUUCUUUCAACAGACGCAUACAUUAAUGAGUGGAUCAUAUGUGAUGAAUGGAGCACCUAAUCAUUUAUUAUUACAACAAUCUACCCAUGAUAUUCCUCGUUCAAUAAGAGUUGAAAGAAAUGAACUAGAAAGAGAGUGGAGUUUAGUACGUCGUCGUGAAGACUUAGAAUUACCCGAUUUAAUACCUUUACCGGAAUAUACAAAGUUCCCUACAUUAUUAUCAAUGGAUGAUAUUGGUUCAGUGAUCCAACUGUUAGAAUUUUUCAAUGUCUUUGGUCCAUUUAUUGGUUUUGUUGUUCCGCAUACAAAUUAUAAAUCCUUGGAGUCGUCUUCAUCAUCAUCAUCACACCAUCAUAGUACAACAGUUGAACGUGUCACAUCCACGUCUACCUCGACAACUUUGUCUUCUUCGUCUUGCGCUUCUUCCGCUUGUUCCACUUCAUCAAUAUUAACAUUAUCUAUUUUAGAAAAUAGUCUAUUAGAAUCUGAUCCUUGUGGUCUAUUGGCUGAUUUAUUCAUAAGUAUUUUGUCUGCUAUACGACGAUUUGAACUUGAAGCUAGUUCUCGUCAACCAACUCCAAAUAUGUCUUCCGCAACUGUCGCAGCGGCUUCAGCUGUUGCUGCCGCUGAAGCAGGAUUUGCUGUAAACACACAAAUUUCACAUGUUUCUGGUGCUGGCAUCGAUUACAAUUCCCUGCAUGAUGAAGAUACUGCAAGCCCCGAAGACAGUGCUCUUUUUCGUGUCCUACGUGAGGCGGGUGCUUCAACUCGUCUGUGUGAAUUAGUCGGUAUACCAACUCAAGCGGCGACAAUUGCUGCGGGUAGAGCUGCUGUUGCUGCUUCUGUAGUUUUCAAUACUACAACAACAACUGGGAAUACUAUGAAAGAAGAAACUCAGGUCAAUUUGUCUACAGUUAGUCGAAAUUCAGUUACCCGAGCUGCAACAACAGCAGUUAUCGCUGGAGCUGCAUCUUUACCACCUCUUGAUCGUGCUGGUCUUACAGAAGCUCUCUGGUUACAUAUAACUAGUGCAGCGGCAAAAGGUGGAGGUUGGCGUGGACAGAUUUGGGGUGGUACACGACCACUUGAUGAUCCAUCGGUUAUGUUAGCUCGAAAUAAUGCAGAUCUAGUUGAAAAACUGAAGAAAGUAACAGUUUAUGAAUUAACUCCACACGAGAAAUUAGUCUUACUCACAUGUUUAAUGGAUGAAUUGUUACUUCAACCACAAGUUCGUGAACGUAUGGAAGAUCAAUAUGAACGUGUACGUUUAUUACGUAAUCAAUUACGGACUUUACAAAUGGAUAGAGCUCAGUUAAUGACUUCUAAUCCUGUUAUUGAUGAAGAUAAUAUUAAUAAUAAUAAUAAUCAAGAAGUUUUGUCACAAAUAAAAAAGUUAAAUUCUGCAAAUAAUGAUGGACGUUCUCAUCUUACUACGGCUGCUUCUACUACAACCACUACUCCUACUCCUACUACUACUGCGGCAUCGGUUAACGUGCUUAGAGGUGGACGAGUGAACAGAGGAAGAGGUCGUCCAUUAAGUCGUAAAAAUGUGCAAAUUGAAUCAAUGAAUACACCUUUAGAAACAUUUUUAUCAGAUAAUGAUUAUGCAAUGAUCAAUGGAAGAUUGAGUAAUAAUAAUAAUAAUAAUAAUCGUCAAGAAGUAGAUUCAGCUGCUGCUGCUACCGCUGGUGUCGCUGCCACAUCAGCAUCCUCUUCUGGAACGUCAUCAUCAUGUACUCCUAAUAAUAUUAAUGAAAAACUCAUUGAAUCACUGUUAGAAGAGCAAAAGCUGUUGGAUGCUAUUACACAAGUUUCACGUGGCUGUUCAAUGAUACCACUUGGACAGGAUAGAUUUUAUAGACAAUAUUGGCUAGUCCUAUCAAUACCAUGUAUUCUAAUCGAAGAUUGUCCAUGUGUCGAUAAAAAUCCCUACUAUACACAUGCUACAAUUCGUAAUCGUCAAAUCGCUUACGCUUUUCCUGAUCUUGCUAAAAGAAUGGGACUGUACAGUUCUGAAGAGGCUGGUAAACAUUUACGUGAAGCAAUCAAUUCUGUGAAAGACAGUGAAUUUAUAGAUAGAGAAGAAUUAACCUAUCGUGUUGUAGCAGCACUACCAAAUCCAUCUGUUUCGUCGGCAACCGGUUUACCAAUUGAACAGUUAAGAGCUUUAGUUAAACCGGAACGUGUCAGUACACAGGAUUCAUCUUUGCAUAAUACAUGUCCUGCUGUUAGACAAUUAGCUAAAUUACGCUGUUCCACUGUGAAACAAUCAACACCUCAAACGCUUUGGUCAAUUCUCCUACCUGAUGGAUAUAAAGAGGUGUAUAAGCAAAAGCUAUUGCAUGAUAACAAUGAUAAUAUAAAGAAGCAACAGGCAGUUAAUCCUAUUUCAUCACCUGUUGAAUCUUCUUUACCGCCCACGAUGGAUGGUUCUUUGUCUACUGCAACAACUGUGAAGAAGUCAGAAGAUUGUCCUACCACUACGAUUACAACUACUGAUUCCAGUGGAUCGGAGAGUAAAGAACAUACUACUACUACUACUACUUUGAAUAAUGACAAUCAUCGUAAUGAUAAUUUAUCAGCUGAAAAAAAUCAAUAUAAUAUGCUGAUUGAACAAGCUAAAUGGACUAUUGACUGCUUAGAGGCAUCCUUAAAUCCUCGUGGAGUUCGUGAAUCACGAUUACGUAAAACUAUUGGACAGUUAAGACCAUUACUUAUUAAAGUGAUUGCUAUGUGUCCACCUGAAUUGAUAUAUCCAAUGAUAAAAAGUAACCAGUCAGGAUUCAAUGAAAAGGCAACAGUGGAUGCACCUCAAAGCCCACCUGUUCCUACUACUCAUAAUAAUAAUACGGUUUCUCAAGAAAUGUUCUCCUCUGCACGCAAUAAUACUGAAUCAAUUACUCAGUCUAUCAUGUGUUCAUGGCUAGAAACAGCUCUUGUCGGUAUUGGAUAUCGUUUAGGUCGAUUAGAUUUGAUAAAACGCCUACUGUUCAAUGAAUCGUGUAAAUCUAAAAAAGAAUCGAUUGAGAAUAAAACUAAAACCACUGAACAGAGUGAUGAACAAUUGUGUACAGAAGUCUUGGUAGACAAACCUAAUGAUGAAAAAGAGAAUGCAGCUGUCGCCUCUACAACAACUGAAGAUUGUGCCAUUACUACUACUACUACUGUUACAACUGCUGCUGAUGUUAAAAUGCCUGUUAAGCCUCCUCCUUCUGAAUUAGCAACAUCCUCAUCGAAUCACUGUGUCGAAGAAAAUAUAAAACGUCUUGCAAAAAUACUCCUUCAUCUAGGCCAUGAUGUUAGCCCAAAAGGAAUUGCAGGACCAUUGGCGAAUGAUGAAAGAACUCUACGUAAUGCAGGACCUCUGACUAGCAUUCCAAGUAAACAAUCCAAUGAUGUCGAAAAUACAGUUUCAGAAAUGAUUCCAUCUUCUGAAAGUACUACGACGACUACGCCUACGCCUACUGAUCCAUCUACUGUAAUUUCUUCUAAUACUACAAAUAAUAUACAAUCAAUAAGAACAACAGGUUGGCAGAGAUGGUGUGCUAGUGUUGAACAAGCGAAUACAACUUCACAAUUGCAUUUAUUAGCACGUGCUCUUGAACGUGGAGCUCGUCGAGCUACUCUUGGCGGGAGAGGUGUUUCUUCAGCUAUCGCCAGUUAUGUAUCACAACAUCCUUUGCCAACUUUAAAGUGUACUUCAUGUCGAGGCCCACCUGAUGUUUUUCCUGUACCUACUGCCUCUGGAAAUCUAUCUGCAUUUUCUGUUUGCUCUGGUUGUGCAUGUCCAUACCACUUAGAUUGUCUUCUGAAUUCCAAUAGUCGAAGAAUCAGUGCCCGACGAUCUUCUCGGCCUAGAUUAUCAACUGAUAUUAUCAUAGGCACAAAUAAUCCUGCCUUCAACAAUAUUGAUUUAUCUUUAACUGGCUUCUUGAGUAAUUAUUCCUCUUUAUCGAGUAUUACAUCAGCUCGUAUGGAAGUGACAGGUGGUAGUCUUAUCCUGUGUACAUAUUGUCUGCGUUCAGCUGGUCUCCUGUCGUCGCCAUCAUCAUCAUCAUCAACUACCACAACAACGCCAGCAACACCAACAGAUGAUCAUGUUGGAAUGACAAGUUCAAAUAGUCAAGCAUUUCAAUUAUCUACUACAUUAGUGUAUUCAAACGAUGAUUUUUGUAUUAAAGAGGAUAUUUCACAGAAAGGAAAGCCCACUGGACGGAAACGUCACAAUGACAAUGAUGAUCGAGAUCACGAUAAUGAUGGUGAUGGUGAUGACGAUGAUGAUAAUGAUGAUGAUGGCGGUUCAUCUUCAAAUCAUGAAAAUACUGAUGAAAAUUUAGACAGUAUUCUUGAAAAUACAGAAAAUUCUAAUUCAACUGUGAACAGAUCAAAUCGUCGUAAUGUAAUAAAAACGCUUCAAACCAAUAUACGUACACUGUCAACAGUUGUUACUGUUGGACGCCGCCGUGGCAGACCAAAACGUCUUCAUCAUAAUCGUGGUCGUGGUCGAGGUCGCGGUCGUGGACGUGGACGUCGUUCAACAAUUGGAUCAAUUUCUGAAAAAGUUGGUCGCUGUCAUCAUCAGUCCGAUGAUUGUCAUAGCGAUGAUGAUGAUGGUGGUGAUGAAGAGGAGGAGGGGAAUGACGAGGAUGCCAAUCAUACCGAUGUAAUCGAUGCUAUAUCAUCGAUAAAUAAAUUAUGCGUUACUGUAGAUGUUCAUUAUGAUGAUGAAGUUGAACAACUCCUGAAACCGUAUAAUCAAGAAAAAAAAAGUAAAGAAAAUACUGAAGCCGAUAAUAAUAAUAAUAAUAAUGAUAAUAAUCGAUAUACCUCUAGUCCCCAGAUCACAAAUACCACUGACAGAGGAGGACGACGUUCUACUGGUCGUGGUCGUCCGAGAAAGUUCCCCAAAUCUCUCCCUAGUCCUUCACCAGAUCUGAUCUCUGAUCCAAUUCCACCGAUAUUCAAUAACAAUGAACAAUUGGAUCAAGCUACUGCAGAACGUUUUAUGUCAGAGUUAUGCAUGAGUAGUUCAGCACGUCCACUUCUCCGUUGUGGACUUGGUCGAAGUGCAGCUCUAACCGAAUUGAAUCAAUCCAAUCAUAAUGAUGAUGAUGAUGAUGAUGGUGAUAAUAAUGUUAAUUCACAGAGUAAUUCAGUUGUCAAUUCUGUAAGUGGUGAACGUUCUAGUACAACAACUGGUCAUCGAACACGAUCAACAACAUCGUCGUCGUUAACACCUACUGUUACUGAAGAUCGGAGAUUGUACGCUUUAGAUCUUGUUGGCUUACAAGAGUUAUUAACUCGUGGUGAACUACCUCAGGGUCCAGGACAAGUAAUUCCACAACUCAGACUCCUGUUAUCCCAUUGGUUACGUAGUAAUCGUCCUGGUAGCCGAUUGCAUCAAUGCGCUUCAGAUCUAUUGGACCAAAUGAAUAAAAAGUUGAAAACGCUAAAAUUUAAUACAUCUAGUGUAAAUGGUAUUCACAAUAAUAGUAGUAAUACUAAUUCCAGUAAUAAGAACAAUGAAGACAACAAUAAUAACAGUAAUAGUAAUAAUAAUCCGAGUAAUAACAAUAAUAAUGCUGCAGAUACUGUCAUGGAUCAGGAGUCGACUACAAGUCAUUAUGGAAAGCGUAGACGACAAUAAACAACCACCACCACCUACACCUCGUUCCUCUUCUGCACCCUCCGUGAUGAUGAUGGUGAUAAAAAUCUCCGAUAGUAUUUCUCGUAUAUUUAUAUCUGUGUGUAAUGAAUGUUUCAUAUGUAUGUAUGUAUGUGUGAAUGCGUGAUCUUUUGCUUUUGUUUUAAAUGGAAAAAUGAGAGUUUGGGAAGUUUAUUUCACUCUAUUAUUAUUAUUAUUUCAUUACACUUUUUGUACAGGAAUCAGAUUAUUAUUAUUAUUAUUAUUAUGUGAAUGUGUACAAAUUAACUAUCGUUGUUGUUUUUCUUUUUUUGUUUGUGUGUUCUUCGUUUGUUCAUUGAUAUCCCCCACCCUUGUCCCUCCCCCGUCCCCUUGUUGUGUGUCACACACACACACACACACACAAAGAUACACACAUGCACACAGUCUGUGUAUGUAUGUGUGGUGUUAUUUUACCCAGGCAGUGAAAAAGCCAAUGAUGAUGAAUAAGUAUAGAUUGAUUAUGUAUUAUCAGAUUCUGAUUGACUGGUUUUACACCGCCGCCAUUCUCCCUCCUCUCUUCUCUACCCCUCUCCCACCUUCAUAUAUAUGUACAUGACAACUCCAUGUUCUACUACUUACUUUCUACUUUGAUUUAUCUAUUUUCUAUUUCGUUAUGAUCUUGAUCUUGUCUUCUAUUCAGUGGCCAAUCCUCAUCUCACCUCCCCGUCCCACCCCUCGACUUUCUUCAUUUUUUCCUUAGCCUAUCUGUUUGUGUCUAUUUUGUUUGUUUUUAUAUAUCGAAUUAAAAUAAAUUCUUGUUGUUAUUAUUAUAAUUAAAUUUGUGUAUAAUUCAUUUG